AUGGAUAUGUCCGAAUACACAAAGUUGCUAAACGAAGCAUCGAUCAACAACACUGAAAAGUUCAAGAGCGUGAGUUUGGAAAGACCAAAGUCGAGAGGAAGACCUGUCAAACAUUACCCCCUACUUUGGAAAGAAAAAGAGCUCGAGACCGCCGUUAGAAAGAUCCUACCCAUAGAAAUAGCUGACUCAAUUUGCCCAAAAGGUUCCCGCCUCGCAAACCUUUACGGUUUACCUAAGACCCAUAAACCUCAGCUAGCAAUGCGACCAAUACUAUCACCAACGGAACUUACAACUUCAAGCUAG